AUGGUGCCGGACAAGGGCAAGCAGCCCGUCGCGGCCGCCAACCUGGCGGAGCGCCGCACCGCCUGGACGUUCCUGCGCGCGCUGCUCUGGAAGAACUGGCUCAUCAAGCGCCGCCACCCCGUGGCCACGGCCUGCGAGGUGCUGGUGCCCGUGCUGUUCAUCAUCCUGCUGGGGCUGCUCAAGAGCACGACGACCACCGUGGCGGUGCCCUCCGGCUGGAGUGACACGUCUGCCUCCAUGGGCGACGCGGCCCUAGGCACCAGCUACAACCUGUUCCAGCCCACGGGCCAGACCAUCGAGUGGGUGGCUGCCGACCUGCCCAAGUUCGCGCUGCACGAGUCGUCCAUGACCGGCCUCCUCCUCAAGCUCGGGGUGCAGUCGGUCGACGACGCCAUCCGGCUCGAGGAGCUGUCGGCGGCCGAUCAGGCGGCCUGCACGACCGGCGUCAUCACCAAUGGCCUCGUGGAGACCGACACGACGUCACCCUACCGGGUGCCCAGCGAGUGCGCCGACAAGGUGUCGCCCUACAAGAUCGGCAUCGCGCCGGACAACGCCUUCACGCGCGGCUACUUCACGGCGGCCAUGGACAUGUGGUACCCGCGUCUGGAUCUGCUCAACUCGUCGAGCGAGGCGCUGACAGUGCCGUCCUUCAGUGAGAGCGUCCGCUUCUUCGACUCCAACGACGACCUGACGGAGUACGUCAAGAGUGACGAAUACGGCAAAGGUCUCGAGAACCCGCGCAUCUACGCCGCUAUUGUGUUCGACUCGGUGCCGCUCGGGAGUGACAUUGGAUCGUUCGCGUCCAUUGAGUACUCGCUGCGAUUGAACUCGACGGCUGGUGACUCGGUCGGUCGCGUGCCUGGGACGAGCAGCUCGGUGCUGGACACGGACCCGUUCCAGACCAAAAUCAACACAGACUACUACUCGCGGUACACGGUCACGGGGUUCAUGACGCUGCAGACGCUCGUCACGCGCUUCGUGUCGUGUAUGCCUGAAUGGGACGCCAAGAACCAGUCGACGACUGGCGUGUGCCAGCGACCACAGACCACGGCUCUCGCUUCGUCCAGCCUCGACAGCACGCUGAUGGAAUCCUUGAGCAACGACGCCUUGAUCCAAGAGGUGCUCAACACGGGACUGGUGUCGGGCGAGUCGUCCUUUUCCAGCAUUCUGGCCAACAUGUCGGAUGGCACCAAGGAGCUGCUGCUCACUCCGCUGCGCCAAGCCCCGCAGCCUUUCAUCGGAUCCACAGUCGCUCCAUUCCCGGUCACGAGUUUCGACAGCUCGUCGUUUUACGACACGAUCUCGAACGUCUUCCCCGUCAUCUUCGCGCUCGCGUACCUGUUCACGAUCUCCCGCAUCCUGGUUGUGUUCAUCCAAGAGAAGGAGCUGCGCUUGCGGGAAUUCAUGAAGAUCCUCGGCGUCACGGAGAGCACAAUUAUCGUCACGUGGUACAUGACGUACACAGCCAUCCUCUUCGUCGGUGCAGUCGUCCAGGCCGUGGCUGGCCUCGCGGGCUUGUUCCCCAAGACAUCCGUGAUCCUGACGUUCUUGUUCUUCUGGCUGUUCGGGAUGAGCGUGCUCGCGCUGGCCUACUUGAUCAGCACGAUCUUCAACAAGGCUCGAGUCGGCUCCUUCGUGGGCAUGGUGGUCUUCUUCUUCAUGCACGUGAUGUCUCAAGCAUUUACUACCGGCACGGCGGAGGGAGCCAAGACGAUCGGUUGUCUUUUGUCCCCUGUGGGCCUCUCACUUGGCGUUCAGGUGCUCGCGGACGCAGAGACAACGGGUGCUGGUGUGACGUUCGCGAACGUGAGCGCGCUGACCAACAACUUCCGAUUCAGCACCGCGUUGUGGAUGUUCGCUUUCGACACUUUGCUGUACACGCUCAUCGGUGUGUACUUCGAGAAGGUGAUGCCCAAGGAGUACGGCACCUCGCUCAAAUGGUACUUUCCCGUGUCGCCUUCAUACUGGAGAAGCCGUCGCCAGCGUACAGCCAACGUUCAAAGUCAGGAUGCGCUGUUGGACGACGUCGCGCUGGAUGUGAACCCCAACAUUGAACGGGUGAACGCGGAGCAGCGCGAGCAAGAGCGCAACGGUGAAGCUCUCACUGUGCAGCGACUUCGCAAGGUUUUCCCGGUUCCAGGCGGAGAGAAGGUGGCAGUUCAAGGCCUCAAUGUCACCAUGUACAAGGACCAGAUCACCUGCUUGCUGGGUCACAACGGCGCCGGCAAAACCACGCUGAUCUCGAUGCUCACGGGCAUGACUGCCCCCUCCAGCGGUAACGCCACCUACCGCGGCAUGUCGAUCAACGAAGACAUGGACGAGCUGCGCCAGUCACUCGGCAUUUGCUUCCAGCACGACGUCUUAUUCCCUGAGCUGUCAGUCCAGGAGCACCUGCAGUUCUUCGGACAGAUCAAGGGCUACGCGGACGAGGAGCUGCAGGCUGUGGUCGACCGACAGAUCCGCGAGGUCGGCUUGACGGAGAAGCGCAACUCGAAACCCAACGACCUGUCUGGCGGUAUGAAGCGCAAGUUGUCGGUGGCUGUGUCGCUGCUCGGUGACAGCUCGCUGGUGUUCCUGGACGAGCCCACGUCUGGCAUGGACCCGUACAGCCGUCGCAGCACGUGGGAGAUUCUGCUGAACAACCGCAACGACCGCGUGAUGGUGCUGACGACGCACUUCAUGGACGAAGCUGACAUCCUGGGCGACCGCAUCGCCAUCAUGGCGGAAGGCGAAUUGCGUUGCUGUGGAUCGUCGCUCUUCCUGAAGAACCGCUUCGGCGCAGGCUACAACUUGACCCUCGUGAAGGACGACGCCAAGUGCGAUGACAAGGAUGUUUCUGCUUUUGUGACCUCUUAUGUCCCCUCUGCGCAGCUUCUGAGCAAUGUCGGCAGUGAGAUCGCGUUUCAGCUGCCUCUCAGCAGUUCGUCACAGUUCGCAGCGAUGUUCGCUGAGCUGGAUCGUCAGUUGCAGUCGCUGGGUCUUCUCUCUUAUGGCGUGUCUGUGACAACGUUGGAGGAAGUCUUUAUCAAGGUGGCGGAGCUGGGCGAUGAGAACAACCAGCACACACUGGGCAACAACGUUCGGACGGACAACUCCGAGUCCAACGAAAGCUAUCAGGAAUGCGAUGAGAUCAUCACGACGGAGUCGAUGUUCCGGAGGCACCUGCGCGCACUGCUGCUGAAGCGUUUCCGGUACGCCAAGCGCGAUAAGAAAACGAUCAUCUACAGCGCGCUGCUCCCCGUGCUGCUCAUUGCUGCUGGACUGGGGAUCUUGAAGAACAGCGCUAUUGCCUCUGACGACUCCAGCAUGGCAUUGACGGCGGACCCGUACUCCGGCAGCUCAACUCCGACGCCCUACUUCUGCCAGGCUGGGGCUAGCACGGGAGAAUGGUGCAACGAGGUGAUGACGUCGUCCUUCUUCUCUGGCGCCGACGCUCAGACACUCUCGAUUUCAUCGCCAGCGUUCGACUCCAACUCGCCCACCGUGUUUGACGUGACCUACACGGAUCCGGCCAUCAACGCAAGCGGAAACACCGGAUACAGCGUAGCAAUGGGCCAGCAGCUUUACAACCGAGGUUACGGACAGAGCGUGGAUCUCGUGGAAGGCCAAUACGGCGCCUACCUGGUGUAUGGCGACAGCGACCAGAACUUGUUCGGCUACAACGUGUUCACGAACACUACGGCCCCCCAUUCGUCGGCGACCUUCAAGGCAUUGAUGGACCAGGCUAUGUAUCGCUUCUUCGCAGCCAACAGCUCGACUGGAUCAGCUUCGUCGGUCAACCUGAAGGUGAGCAACUACCCUCUUCCGGUGACCGCUGCCACGAAGGCGUUUUCUGGAUCAGCAGUGGCAUUCGUGAGCUGCAUGUUCAUCUGCAUCGCGUUCACAUUCCUGCCGGCGUCGAUUGUUGUAUUCCUGGUGAAGGAGAAGCAGGCGGAGCACAACUCGAAGCACCAGCAACUCGUCUCCGGCGUGUCGCUGCCUGCAUUCUGGCUGUCCAACUACAUCUGGGAUCUGAUCAUGUACAUCGUCCCGUGUGUAUGCGCUCUCGCGUUGAUCUACGGCUUCGACGUAUCUUCGAUGACGGGGCAGAACUGCAACAGCUGCACCUCGGCGACGUUCCCAGCCGUGAUCCUGUUGUUCAUCCUCUUCGGGCUCGCCAUCUGCCCGUUCACGUACUGCCUGUCGUUCCUGUUCAAGGAGCACGCUGCCGCCCAGACGUACACCAUCAUGAUCAACUUCGUGAUUGGCGUCGUGUUGAUGAUCGUGUCGUUCAUCAUGGGCGUCAUUGGUUCAACGUCGGAUGUUGAUUCGGUGCUCGUGUUCGUGUGGCGACUUUCUCCGCUGUUCAAUCUCGGCACGGGCUUGCUCCAGUUGGUUCUCAACGAUAUUACGUACAUCCGCUUCAGCAAGGACGAGAAGACCAGCCCAUUCAGCGGUGAUAUCAUGGGGUUCGAGUUGGCUUAUUUGCUGGUGACUGCCAUCGGCUACAUGGCACUUGCGGUGUACUUGGAUUACAGGAAGACUUUCCCCAAGGUGAAGGACAACAACGACGACAUCGGCGACAGCGAUUUCCAGAUUGAUGCUGACGUGGAGAAGGAAGCCGAACGUGUUGCCAGCGGCGCUGCCGACGGAGACGCUGUGAAGCUCGUGGGGCUCCGAAAGGUCUACCCUGGCGGCAAGGUUGCGGUUCGUGAUCUCUCUUUCGGCUUGAAGCGUGGCGAGUGCUUCGGCUUCCUCGGUAUCAACGGAGCCGGCAAAACCACGACCAUGAAGAUGCUCACUGGCGACGUGCCACCAAGUCGCGGUACAGCCACGCUCGGAGGCUUCAACAUUCUGACGCAACAGAUCGAGGUUCGCCGCCAGAUCGGAUACUGCCCACAAUUCGACGCCUUGUUUGACUUGCUCAGCGUCCGCGAGCACUUGGAGCUCUUCGGUGCCAUUAAGGGUGUUCCUCAAUCUUCGCUGAAUCGUGUCGUGAUGGAGAAGAUCCAGCAGCUCAACCUCGGGGACUUCGAGCACAAGCUCGCAGGCAGCCUCAGUGGCGGCAACAAGCGCAAGCUGUCCGUGGCCAUCGCCAUGAUCGGUAACCCGGCCAUCAUCUUCCUGGACGAGCCUUCCACCGGCAUGGACCCGGUUAGUCGACGGUUUAUGUGGGACGUCAUCGCGGAUAUUUCGACUCGCGGCAAGGAGUCGACGAUCGUGCUCACCACUCACAGCAUGGAGGAGUGCGAGGCCUUGUGCUCACGCGUCGGUAUCAUGGUUGGUGGGCGUCUUCGCUGCUACGGAAGCGUACAACACCUCAAGUCUCGGUUCGGCGAUGGCCUCGUGUUCGACGUGAAGCUCGACACACCCACGCCCGAGGAGCUGGAGUACCUGCUUCAGCACGUAUUUGGCGACGGCAACACGUACGUGACGCCUGUGGAGCUUGAGAGCAAGUGUCGCGCGUUCGGCAAUGCCGAACUCGAGGAGCGGAUCACUGCUUCUCAUCCGACCGGCUACAGUCUCGCCGCCGCCAUGGAGCGCGACGGGUUCGUCCGUGCCGAGGCCUUCUGCUCCUGGUGUGUCGAGGAAACACGCUUCGAUACCUUGAACGACUACCUUCUCAACGCAUUUGGCCCUGGCGGAGUACUCGUGAUGGAGCGCCAGAACGAUUUCUGCCGCUUCAAGGUGCGCGGCUCGAACAACGAGAUCAAGCUGUCCAAGAUGUUCGCGCUGGUUGAGGACGUGAAGACCGACAUGCACAUUCGCGAGUACAGCGUCUCCCAGACGACGCUGGAGCAGAUCUUCAACUCGUUCGCGAGCCAGCAGGAGGAGGAGCAGGGUGUCGCUCGCGGUGUCUAUCAGGCAUAG